AUGUUUAAACCAAGAUCUCUGGCAAAAAAAACUCCAGCGCUGACACCUGCCCAGCAGGAAGCUGCAAAAAAACGCAAAGAAAGGCUUGAUAGACUCCAAAAUCUUCAGCUCAGAAUGAAUGAGGCUCGGAAGAUGAACCACAAGGAAGUAGCGGAGGAGGACAAACGUAAAAAGUUGCCUUCGAAUUAUGAAGAUAAGAGAAAAAGAAUUGAGUGGGAGGAAGAGGAAGAGAGAAAAAGAAAAGAUUGUGAAUCUAAGGGAGAGAACUAUGAUCGCGUGAAGUUGCUUGAUGUUGGCGCCUUUGAAGCUGAACAGUGGGAAAGAAAAAAGAAAAAAAGAAACCCAGAUCCAGGCUUUUCUGAUUAUGAAGCUGCCACAUUCCGCCAGUAUCAGCACAACACAAAACUGAUCAAACCAAAUAUGGAAGAAUAUUGCAGAGAGAUGGAGAAGAAAGGGGAUGAUUUCUAUCCAACUGCCAACACCCUGGGCAUCCAUCAACACAAAGAUACUGAAAAAGGUAUUGAUAAAAUGGUCACAGACUUAGAGAGACAGAUCCAUAAAAGAGAAAAAUACAGCCGACGCCGAGCUUACGAUGAGGAUGCAGACAUUGAUUACAUCAAUGAACGCAACAUGAAAUUCAACAAAAAGUUGGAACGCUUCUAUGGCAAAUACACGGCUGAAAUCAAACAGAACUUGGAAAGAGGCACAGCAGUUUGA